AUGCCGACCCACCUCCGAAACCUGUUUUACGAAGCGGCCCAAGCCGAGAUAAGUAAAUUAGAGGAGAUGGACGCUUGGAAAAUCAUUGACGAACACGAAGCGUCUACGAAACCUAUUCCUCUAAAGUGGGUGUUCACUUACAAGCUUGAUCAAGACGGCUACCUCGACCGCUGCAAGGCACGAAUUUGCGUCCGCGGCGACCUCCAGGCGAAGCAUCCUCUCGAACAGACCUACGCAGCGACCCUCGCAGCAAGGACGUUUAGAGUAGCGAUGGCGCUCGCGGCGGAAUUCGACCUUGAAGUAGACCAAUUCGACGUAGUCAAUGCGUUUCUAAACGCAACAAGAGGACCGAACGACCCGCCUGUCGUCUGCUACCUACCAGACGGCUUCAAACAGAACGGGAAGUACGUCGAGCUCCGCCGUGCCUUAUACGGGCUACGAGACGCUCCCCUCCUUUGGUAUAAGGAGUUCUCAUCAACGCUGCGGCGCCUGGGACUCAAGCCUGCAAGCGAAGACCCCUGUCUCUUCACUUCAAACGAUAAGAAAGUGAUGGACCAAGGCCCUGUCGAGUGGUAUCUAGGCAUUCGCGUGAUACGUGACCGUGAGAAGCGAACAAUUAACCUCGCACACGACCAAUAUAUCGAACGCGUAGCGAAGAAAUUCAACCUUAUCGACUCGAUCGUGCCGCAUACACCAUUGCCAUUCGUCCCGCUCCAGAAGAACACCGCUGAAGCGACCCCUGACCAGGUAAAGCAAUACCAAGAGAAGGUCGGCUCAAUUCUGUACACUGCGAUCAUGAUUCGCCCCGACGUCGCCUUCGCUUGCGCUACACUCUCGAGGUUCCUAACGAACCCGUCUCUCGAACAUCAGAAGGCCGCGAACCAAGUCAUUAGAUAUCUUUAUCACACUCGCUACCUUUCGCUCUGCUUCGGUAGCUCGGGGGGUGCAGGUGCCCAAGUUCUCCUAAUUGCGGGCGACGCCUCGUUCGCAGACGACGAAGAGACGCGGCGUUCAUCUCAAGGGUACAUCAUCUCACUGUUCGGCGAAGCGGAACUCCUUAGCCUCGAAAACACUGCUAAGGAGACCAUCGCUCUCAAACGCUUAUUUCGGGAUAUUGAACUAGACCUCGGAGACGUAUGGAAGAUCCAUUGUGACAAUCGCCAAACGAUUCGCCUGGUAGUAGGCGACAAGGAACGCAUCUCAACGCGCCUUCGCCACGUUGAUAUACAGAACAUGUGGCUACGCCAAGAGUAUGCCAAGAAGACGUUCGACGUGGUAUAUAUGCCUACCGACGAGAUGCCAGCAGACGGUCUCACAAAAGCACUCUCCCGAGCGAAGUUCGAACACUUCAGGGCACUUCUAAACCUACAAGACAUUCGGGCACAAGUCACAAGAAGCGAAGAGAAACAGGUGCGCGCGAGCAAUGCUGGCCCGGAGGCCGAAAGUUAA